ACCAAUAGCACGGAGGCGGUGAAUUUAAAACCGAGCCGCGGUUUCCUGGUUCACGGCUUCACAUGAAAACAAACCUCUGGUGCGUCAACAAGGAACAAACAGCGACUCACAGCACAGAGAAGAUACAAUGGACAACAUAAUCUUUGCAGAGCGGGAGAACGCAGGUGUCCAUGCGCCCUCACUGAAGAUGCGACAGCGACUUCAGUCUGCUCCAGAAAAACUCCUGAAAUCUUCCAUGAUUACCAAAACCUUCAACACUCCUCUGCCAUCUGGUCGAAAAGCUCUCGGUGCCGUCAACAAGAAAAUAUCAACCCCUGCUGUCAACCCCCAAGAGAAGAAACAGCUGAAGCCUCAGGAAACAAAAGUCAAACAAGCUCCCGAUACCAAAUUGGAGGAAUAUCCAGAAAUUGAGAAGUUCUUCUCUUAUGACCCACUAGAGUUUGAGAAGUUCGGCAUACCUGAAGAUUUUGUUCCCUUCAGCAGCCUCGCUCUGCCUGGACUAGCAUGUUUCCCACAAUCUCAGCAUGUGUGGAAGGAGGACCAGGAAAAGUUUGACCCUCUCCCAAACCUGUCACCUGUGAAGAUGUCAAAACAUUCAGAUGACUGCUCCGCUCUCGACGCCUUUCUUCAAACACUCGAUGAGCUGACCGUUGAACUUCCUCCAGAGUCUGUUACUGACUAAACGUUCAUGAAUGUACUUUGUUGUGACUGUUCUUUUAUCUGAAAUAAAGUGGUUUUAUCUGUC